UUUUGUGCGAAUGGAACGCCGUGGUAUGCAAAUUGAAAUUAAUUUAUUCAGUUUAUCAUGCAAGACAAGUGACGAAACAGCUGCCUAAAUAGCCAGCCAACGGGGCAACGUAAGUAAAUCUCGACCCAUGAUGCAAAUCAAGCGCCUCCUUUGCAAGUCCUGCGGUCUGGGCACCCUUUUGGUGGCAGUCGUCUGGCUGCUGGCGCUUCUCUUCUACUCGCACAGCUUGAGAAGCUCCAUUCGCUCGGCUGGCUGGAGGAUCGACGAAAGGAAUGCCACACCACGAGCUGAGUUGAGCUACCAGGCUAGAGUCACUGUCGGAUGCACACCAAACAGCGAGAAAAACUCCUCAGUGGUAAAGGAAUCCCUGGGAGAACCCAAUCCCCAAAGUGAUACCGAUCAACUGGAGCUUUUGGGCGUGGUGCGCAACAAGCAGGACAAGUACAUCCGGGAUAUAGGCUACAAGCAUCAUGCUUUCAACGCCCUGGUGUCUAAUAAUAUAGGACUUUUCCGGCAGAUUCCCGACACCCGCCACAAAGUUUGCGAUCGCCAGGAGACGUCGGAGGCGGAGCAUCUUCCCCAGGCCUCGAUCGUAAUGUGUUUCUACAACGAGCACAAGAUGACCUUGAUGCGGUCUAUAAAGACAGUGCUAGAGCGCACGCCUAGUUACCUUCUCCGGGAGAUUAUCCUGGUGGAUGAUCACAGCGAUCUGCCUGAACUGGAGUUCCAUUUGCACGGGGAUCUGCGGGCCCGCUUAAAGUAUGACAACCUGAGGUACAUUAAGAACGAGCAGCGUGAGGGUCUUAUUCGAUCGCGGGUGAUUGGAGCCCGCGAGGCUGUCGGGGAUGUCCUUGUUUUCUUGGACUCCCACAUCGAAGUCAAUCAGCAGUGGCUGGAGCCAUUGCUGCGCCUCAUCAAGUCUGAGAAUGCCACUCUGGCGGUGCCCGUCAUUGACCUGAUUAACGCCGACACCUUUGAGUAUACACCCAGUCCACUGGUGCGUGGAGGAUUCAACUGGGGGCUGCAUUUUCGAUGGGAGAAUCUGCCCGAGGGCACGCUCAAGGUGGCGGAGGACUUCCGCGGACCCUUCCGCUCGCCCACCAUGGCUGGCGGUCUUUUCGCUGUAAACAGGAAGUACUUCCAGCACCUGGGCGAGUACGACAUGGCCAUGGAUAUAUGGGGCGGCGAGAAUAUCGAGAUCUCCUUCAGAGCUUGGCAGUGUGGCGGUGCCAUUAAGAUCGUGCCCUGCUCCCGAGUUGGUCACAUAUUUCGAAAACGUCGUCCGUACACCUCGCCCGAUGGGGCCAACACCAUGUUGAAGAACUCGCUCCGAUUGGCACACGUUUGGAUGGAUCAGUACAAGGAUUACUACCUAAAGCAUGAGAAGGUGCCCAGGGCCUAUGAUUACGGGGACAUCAGUGAUCGUCUGAAGCUAAGGGAGCGCCUUCAGUGCCAUGAUUUUGCUUGGUACCUGAAGAAUGUCUACCCAGAGCUGCAUGUGCCGGGCGAGGAGUCCAAAAAGUCAGCGGCAGUUCCCAUGUUUCAGCCUUGGCAUUCGCGAAAGAGGAACUAUGUAGACACAUAUCAAUUGCGUCUGGCGAAAACGGAACUCUGUGCCUCCGUAGUGGCUCCCAAAGUUAAGGGUUUCUGGAAGAAGGGAAGUUCCCUGCAACUACAGCCUUGCCGGAAGACGCCGAACCAGCUGUGGUACGAGACAGAAAAGGCAGAGAUUGUGUUGGACAAGUUGCUCUGCAUGGAGGCUUCCGGCGAUGCCCAGGUCACGGUGAACAAGUGCCACGAGAUGCUGGGUGACCAACAGUGGAGGCACACCCGCAACGCCAACAGUCCCGUCUACAACAUGGCCAAGGGAACUUGCUUAAGAGCGGCAGCCCCAACUGCUGGAGCCCUUAUCAGCCUGGAUCUGUGCUCCAAGUCGAGUGGUUUGGGUGGAGCAUGGGACAUUGUGCAGCUAAAGAAGACAAAGGAGGAGGAAGACAAGGCCAAGGACAAGGCGCUGUGAGCGGGCUGCCCUGCUGGCGUAAAGCAAUAUUAGACUGAUAAAUGAUUAGAACAAAAGUGUAUUAUGUUUAAAUAGGCAGUAUUUUUUCAUGAACUUUUUUUAAUAAAACUUAUAAAAAAAAAUAUUUAUAAUACAAAUGCAGAAAAGGUUAUCGUAAACAGAAGGUCACAAAAUGGUUAUUUGAAAGCGAAUCUUUAACUUGACUUUAUGACCAAACGCAGAAACAGGUUUUGUUUUUUAUAUUAAUGAUAAAUUUAUUAAAUAAUGUCAGCAUAACUUGUUAUGAAGAUGAUUAAUCUAAAAGAAGAAUUAGCUUAUUAGCGUCUAACUAUUAGUAUCAAUCAAAUGUUUAAUUAAUUUCAGAUAUAACAUGUUUUCUCCUAUUUGUAUAUGUGCCACAUUUUUGCAUAGUUUAUCAAUAUUUAAUUUUACAAACCUUGUGAGAUAUUAAACAUAAUCGGGAAUAAAAUAUAAAACAAUAUGUACAGAAAUGUUAAAAUUGUUUGGCAUACAUCUUAAUAAUAUAUAAUAAUACCCAUAAUUUCGAGAUCUUAUUUUUGUCCUAAAUUUUUGCAUUACCUAUAAUACGAAUUUAAAGAAUAAGAAUUGACUAGAGUUUUUACUGCCAAAACGUAAAAUAUAUUCUCUAAUAGAAAAAUCCUUAGUAAAUGGUAGUAAAUGGAUCAAUAAUAAUUAAUAAAAUUUUGAAAAUCCAAA